GUACUCUAUUUUAAUUUCAUAUUAUGUUUGGAAUAAAGACAUUUAAUAUCUAAUCAAAGCUGUAAACAACAUAAUAUAAUGUGGUCUUUCAGACUGAAAGACCACAUUAUAUUGCGUGUAUACUGAAAGUUUCAGUACAAACAACAAAUCAAUAAUUUGCCUCAUGUGGCACAUGAAAACCUGCAGCCACAGGGCCAUUUAGGGGACCAGUUUGACACUCAUUUGGUAAGGUCUUUUAUUAUUUGAGGACAUCUAAAUUCUUUAUUUAUGACUGCUGGUGAAUUUCUUAACCUUAAAAUUGACUCAAAUACUUGCUAAAUCAUUGUGAAUAUCUGAGAGCCGACUCCUCAAUUAGAGGUGCUAGAAUAAGAUGAAGAUUGUUUUUAAACCAUAGUAAUAAUUCUCCCUUUCUUUCCCUAGGCAAUUCCUUUGUGAGAGCUGGGACAAUUGACCCUUGACUUCUUAGUCCUUCAAAGUUUGUCAGUCGUUCCACAAUGGAAAAACUCAACUUAAUAAAACUUUACUUCAAGUUGGGCCUGAACUAUAAAGACAUACUGUAUAUUCUGAGUACAAAACAUCAAACUAUUCUCAGUUUGAGAACCCUUAAGCGAAUUUUGAAACAGAAUGGACUAUUUCGUCGAAUCCAUUUUGACACUUUAGAGGAAACAGUUGGAUUCAUUAGGGAGCAGCUCCAAGGUUCAGGUGCUUUGCAUGGCUACAGGUGGAUGUAUGCUAAAUGUAAAGAAAAUGGUUUGCAUGUCAGAAAAGAGGAUGUACGCCUCAUUCUUUCAACUUUGGACCCAGACGGCACAGAAACACGACGAAGAAGAAGACUGCAAAGACGAACAUACUUUGCCAAAGGACCAAAUUUUGUAUGGCAUGCUGACUCGUAUGACAAGCUGAAACCCUUUGGUAUUUGCAUCAAUGGAGCCAUUGACGGAUUUUCAAGAAGAAUACUGUGGCUUAAUGCAUACCAUACCAGCAGUGACCCCAAAGUUAUUGGAGGUUAUUUCCUUGAAACUAUAAGGGAGAUAGGUGGAUGUGCUUGUAUCCUGAGGACAGAUAUGGGGACAGAAAACAGCUCAGUUCGGGAUAUGCAGCGUUACCUUCGUCGUAACGAUGAUGAUAAUCAGGCUGGUGACAAAAGCUUUAUUUAUGGAAGAAGCACAGCUAAUCAGAGAAUUGAAAGCUGGUGGGGCUUUCUCCGAAAAGAGUGUGUGGACUUUUGGCUUGACCACUUUCAUAGACUGAAACAUGAGGGGAAUUAUGCUGGGGACUUUUUGGACAAAAACCUCAUGUUGUUCUGCUUCUGUGGUUUGAUACAGGAUGAGUUAGAUUCCACCAAGGAAUCAUGGAACAGCCAUGUAAUACGUCCAUCAAGUAAUGAAUUGGUUCCACAUGGGCGUCCUGAUGCAAUGUACUUGAUUCCUGAACUUUAUGAUACUCAAGAUUAUCUAUGCAAAGUGUCAGAAGAGGAUUUGAUCAGGUGUGAAGAUGACUGUAUUCACCGCAGUGACAUUGCUUGUGAUGAAGAUGUGUUCAUCCUCUGCACCCACAUUAUGGCACAAAACAAUCUUCCCAUUCCUGCUGAUGUACACAUGGCCAUAGACCUCUAUCUUUUUUUAAGAAGAGAACUGAUCACAAUUUUAAAUCCUGAUAGAUAAUAGCAAAUGGAGUGUUUUUUGAUGUAAACAAACCAAUUGCUAGAAUAGAGUCUAUCUUCCUUGUGACCAUGAACUAGAUCAGGCGCUACAGAAAACGAAUAAAGGAAUGAAUUUUUGGACUUCUGAAGUGAACAUAUUUUUUCAAGAUGAAUGCAAAAAAAAAAUCAUUGAUAAAGUCAAAGUAACUUUAUUGAUAUUCAGUCUUCACAUAUAUAUCUUCAUAAGUGUAUAUACGGUUUUUUUUAUUGGGGCUUGGGGUUGGUUGAUAAAGAAACCACGUCUUCUCAAAUCAGUGAACGUACAUUCACCUAUUUCAUUUUUAUGACUGAGAAAUAUUGUGCUACUGGAUUCAGUUGGAAACAUAUCUGAAUGUUUCAAUAACAAUGGAAAACAACUAAAAUUUUGCUCUGCACAUUACUGUCAGUGUUUAUGGUGCAGAUCACCAAGAACAAUGUAUCAAAUAAAUAGAAGGCUGA